AUGGAAAAGCCUAAAAACAUUAUUUAUGGAGCAAGAGAUGUCCCACAGCUUGGAAAGAUCUCUGAUUUGGAUCAGCAGGUGUGGAUCCUUCAGGGUCAGUCACUUGUGACAGUUCCACGGAGUAAUAGUGUGGCAUCAGUUACUGUCACUGUUAUGCCAUGCAAGUAUCCAGAAUCCCUUGAGCAAGACAAGGGGACUCCUAUUUAUCUGGGGAUCCAGAAUCCAGAUAUGUGUCUGUGUUGUGAGAAUGCUGAAGGAAAACCCACAUUGCUGCUGAAGGAGAAGAAUAUUUUGGAUCUGUACAAUCAACCUGAGCCUGUGAAGCCCUUCCUUUUUUACCGCUCCUAUGUAGGGAGCACCUCCACCUUCGAGUCUGUAGCCUUUCCUGGCUGGUUCAUCGCCUCUUCCAAGAAAGAUGGCCUUAUUUUCCUCACUUCAGACCAGGGAAAAUCAUACAACAUAAACUUCAAUUUACAUAUAGAAGCUUGA